CAAACCGUUUUGGAAAACAAAAACAAGGGUAAGGAGCGUUUCACCUUCGGUAGUCUGUCAAUAUGCAGACGGAUGAAGAUGAUUCUCAGCCUCCAAGCGACUUGGUGAAGACAACCGGGACAUUUUGUGUGCUCGUUGGAGUGACCGGGAGCGUAGCUGCCCUCAAACUUCCCGUUUUGGUCUCUGAACUUCUUCAUUUCCCCGGGGUGGAUGUAAGAGUGGUCACAACUCAGCAUGCCCAGCACUUUUAUAACCCUGAAGAAGUGUCAGUAAAGGUCUACAGUGACAAAGAUGAAUGGGAGUUGUGGAGUCAGCGGUCUGACCCGGUGCUUCACAUUGAGCUCAGACGCUGGGCAGACCUUCUCGUCAUCGCCCCCUUAGAUGCAAACACGCUCGGAAAGAUCGCUAGCGGCAUUUGUGACAACCUGCUGACGUGUGUGGUGAGAGCCUGGGAUACCAGUCGCCCUCUCCUCUUCUGCCCUGCGAUGAACACCGCUAUGUGGCAGCAUCCCAUCACAGCCCAGCAAAUACACAAGCUGAAAGAGUUUGGCUAUGUGGAAAUCCCCUGCAUUGCAAAGAAGCUGGUGUGUGGAGACAAAGGCAAAGGCGCCAUGGCAGAGGUGUCGACUAUCAUCUCUGUUAUCAAGCAAUACCUUCAGCAAACCAGUGAGCCAUCUCCCCAAACAUGACGGCAGGCAACACUUUGACCUUUGAACUUGGAUCACUUCACCAAGUGUGGCCUCUUUGGCACCCCAGACUCGAACUGCCAACCUCAGAACUGUGAGCCAGAUGUCCUAACCACUCAUCCGUCAAGCCACAGAGAUUUAAUAUUAAAAAGAUGGACUUUUAACACGUGAUUAACUCCUUAAAACUUAACAUAAUUAAGACAGAUGGAAUCAAAGUAUGCAAAUGCAUUCCAAGGAAAUAUUGGGACAUGCGAUUGUGUUUUUAAUCUAUCAUCAUAUUAGGCAAGCUUAAAAA